ACCAACUCAACGUUCUCUCUCCUCCAUCAUUCUAAAAAAGCUCAGAUAUCUUUCCAAUUUCUUUCACAUUCUUCAAAGCAAUUGCCUUGUCCAAUUUCUCUGUCAAGUAUUGCGUUUACUUUGAGAAUUCUCUCUGGUUAUUGGAUGAAACUGGAAUCCUUUCAGUAAAUGGUACAUGGUAAAUUGUUGAUGCUUUUGGUUUGCUAGCUUGGUAAUUAUUGCUUCUAAUUUGGGACAUUUGUGUCAACAAUUUUCUGCUGCGUAUUUGCUUCCAUUUGCAAAAUUCUGGAAGGAAUCGUUUUCGGGGGUUUGUGUUGAAUUGAAGCAUAUGUGAUAUGACUUUUGAUCUGCCUGUGAGCAUGGCGGCCGGUACUGAAUUUUCGGCUCCUUCUAGCGUGCUGGAAGUUGGGUGCAAUAAGGAUAAUGCAGCGGCAUUGGAAGAUGAGGUUUCUGAUAGUUUGAGUGAUUUGAAACAAAUGACAAAUCGAAAGCCUCCGCGGUAUUCCUCAGCCUUGCGGCACAGCAUGAGCUCCAUCGGGCAUCGGACAGCAGAUGAUUUGUUGGAUGAUGAUAGCUUAUCCACUAAGUCGCCCUCCAAUCAAAAGUCAGGGUUUCUCCCUGUGUUCCGUUCAGGACGUUGUGCUGAAAGAGGACCUAAACAGUACAUGGAGGAUGAACACGUAUGCAUAGAUAAUCUUAUUGAUCAUUUUGGUGAAACUGAUGACUUCUCUUCACCUGGAGCUUUCUAUGGGGUAUUUGAUGGUCAUGGAGGCACAGAUGCAGCAUCGUUUAUCAGAAAAAACAUCCUUAAAUACAUAGUUGAGGAUUCCCAUUUUCCAAGGUGUUUGAACAGGGCCAUUAAGAGUGCUUAUCUGAAAGCUGAUUAUGCAUUUGCAGAUGCGAAUUCUCUUGACAUCUCCUCUGGCACUACUGCUCUGACUUCCCUGAUUUGGGGAAGGUCCCUGAUAGUUGCUAAUGCUGGGGAUUGUCGAGCCGUGUUGGGGAGGCGGGGUAGAGCAGUAGAGAUGUCAAAAGACCACAAACCAAAUUGUAAAUCUGAAAGACUAAGAAUUGAGAAUCUUGGCGGUGUCAUAUAUGACGGCUAUCUCAAUGGCCAGUUAUCUGUGGCCCGUGCUCUAGGAGACUGGCACAUGAAGGGUGCAAAAGGUUCUGCCUGUCCUCUAAGUGCAGAGCCAGAGUUGCAGGAGACACGCCUAACUGAAGAUGAUGAGUUUUUGAUAAUGGGGUGUGAUGGCUUGUGGGACGUAAUGAGCAGCCAAUGCGCUGUCACAAUGACGAGGAAAGAAUUGAUGGUCCACAAUGAUCCUGAGAGAUGCUCAAGAGAACUGGUCAGGGAGGCGCUCAUGCGCAACACAUGUGAUAAUUUAACUGUUAUUGUGGUUUGUUUCCUACCGGACCCUCCCCCUAAAAUAGAGAUACCGCAAACCAGAGUUCGAAGGAGCAUAUCUUUAGAAGGGCUCAAUUUACUGAAGGGUGUACUGGACUGUAACUCAUGAAAUAAAGACAUGGUCCAAUGAGUGAGUUCUGUACAGAAGCGAAAGGGCCUGAAACGGACAUGGGGGGGCUCUUUUUUUCUCAACCCGAAGGCAUAAGCUGCUGAUUGUUGUGUUACUAAAAGUCAGGUUGUUUGUAAUGCUGCAUAUUCUGUACAUCUAACAAAGCUAUGUUCUACGAAUGGGAAGUAUUCAUCUUCGUUGUUUGA